AUGCGCAUGACAGGCCCUGCUGGUACCGACUCGCUCAACCCGUUUAUUCCUCCAUUUCCCUUCCCGCUCCCUAAACUCUCAGCACGCCACUUCCGGCGGUGUCCAACCGUCCGUGAGAUGCAGUCCGACAUGGCUAGCGCGGAAAAGGUUGCGUCUCUGCGACUGUUCGCGGGAACAUCUGUUCCCGAAGUCCGCCUCAGAGCUGCUCUUGUGCGUGCCGGCGGCAACCUCGACACAGCCGCAAACGUCCUGUUGGACGGUGGCAUGCUUGGCGCACGGGAUGCCCCCCUACAAGUACCGGCGGCACAGUCCCAAUCACAAAGAACGAAUGUUGGAUCUGUUGUUGACAAGAAGAGGGAAGCGCCUGGCAAACCGAAGAGCGCGACGAAUCAUCGUCAUGUCAGUCGAGAGGAAUGGGAGCAAUUCUACAAAGAGCACUACUCCAUCGCUGUUGCCAGUGUCGGAUCUGAAAAGGUUGCUAUUUAUGAAUUCAUCAAGCGCCAAUGGAGGGAUAUGCAUACGAAGAGGAGGCAGGAAAACUUGAAGUCAAGUGAAGCCUCUGCAUCGUCGAAGAGCAAUAAUCAACCGAAAAAGCGCGAGAACCUGCCUUCUUCUCAAAUAAGUUACCCGGCGAAACCAGGCGCAGCUGGAAAACAGGAAGACGUCACUUUCGUGGCUCAAAUGCCAGCAGCAAGCAACCCCACUGAGACUAGUGCGAAAUGUGAAUUAACAGAAGGAGAGGACGUGAUCCGUGUGGCUCCAGAAAUCAAACCGCAACCCCGUGCGCGAAAGCGAGAACGACACGGAGAAGCACCUCUUAAUUUAUUAGAGAAUGGAAUUGCUUCCGUGAGCCAUGCGAAGGGUUCAGGACCUUCUAACACGGAAUGGCCGAAGAAGAUCGAUUCGCGAGUAUGUAGAGGCUUUAUGCUGACUUCUGGCAAAAACGUUUUGUGUGCUGGGGACAUGGUUAGUCUGGAAGGUUCCAAACCGGCAGCAAGCCUUUCGAACUCCAGAGGAAAGCGAGUCAGUGCGGUGUCCACAGCAAGCCGAAUCGUCCGUUUUAUAAAGAAGGGGCGAGAAAUGGGAAGGCUUUGUGGUGACGUCUCAGCAAACCUGGGGCCUGCACUACAAUCUGGUUUUGUGUAUGCCGAAGGCAAAAUCAUACUGGCUCCCAAAAAGGCUCGAAUACAUGCUGAAGUGGUCAUGGAUCUUUCUGUCUAUGUAACUAGGGAUGCCUUUGACGGGAAAGCUGAUCAGGAAGCGGCUGAGUGUGGUGUGUCAGGUCUGGACUCUACUAUGAGUGAACGUGCAAAUUCCGCUAGUGAGAAGGGUGUUGAUGCGCGGCGGAUCAAUGUCAUCAACCUUAUCUCGAAGUUGAACCUUUGCGAACCACCUGAAAUCCAAGCAACGGAAUUUCCAAUGACAAGGGCGAAUACAGAAACGGAAGAUGCAGGUACUAUUCCGGAAGAGCACGCUGAAGCGUAUUACCGCACUGUGGAUGAGAUUGAUGAAAAUGCUGCGAAUUCAUUUCAGCCUCCAAGCCAGUUAUUGUGUACUCUGCGUGAGUAUCAACGGGCAGGGGUGGGAUGGAUGAUUGCCAGGGAAAAGUUCGGGACGCUUGCGAGUACCGAAGGAGUGAACUCAGACGUCAUGAUGAAUCCGUUAUGGAAAAAAAGAUUGUUCCCAGACGGCGAUGUGUUUUUUAUGAAUCCCACGACUGGCGGUCUGUCUUUGGAUGCGCCUCUGGAAAAUGCUGGUGGUCCCUACGGAGGUAUCCUGGCUGAUGAAAUGGGACUCGGUAAGACUAUUCAAUGUAUUGCUUGUAUUGUUCAUGACCUGGCACACCAGCAAGAUGGUCUACCAAAACAAGGAAAGAUUGAGUCACUUGAAGAAGAGAAAGUUUCAAAGAGAAAGCCAUCCUCUCCGAAUACCUCAGAAAAUGACAGCGAUGAAGACCCCGACUUUGGGGCUGAAGAAACAGAAGCUGGUGUUGAGCGCGAUGAGGUUGAUCAGAUGUCCACGACAAGGCACAUCACUACACAAAACGUGAGAGCAUCAAGCAAUAGUGGUCCCAAGGGUCAUGUCAGAAUGAAAAAGCCGCCACUGCGUCGAAGUGCUCGAAACGCUCUCGGGAAGGCACGGCGCUACAAUGACGAGCCUUUCGACAAUGAGGGAGGAAUCAGUGGACACGUAGAGGGCAAAGAUCAAGAAAUAGAAGACCUGCCUGUGAACACAUCUGCAUUGAGACAAGAUAGUCAGAGCUCUGAGGAGAGCGAUGAUGAUGAUUGGUUUGAAGACCCUCGGAAGGGACGGCCCUGUGAGGACGGCAGGGCAUCGGGAAAAAUCUCACACAGAGCCGAGGAGACCGACGAUGAAGACUGGUCCGAACCGGCACGGAAGAAGAGGCGCUCUAAUCCAAGCGGCACUUUGAGAGCAGCACAAGGGGCGCGAUCAGCAGUCGAAAAACUCAUGACGGCUGCUCAUAUCGGCAAAAGUGGACAGGGCGGAACCCUUAUUGUUUGUCCUACCUCCUUAGUCACCCAAUGGAUGAACGAAUUGCACCAUCAUGUAGCCCUCAACUUUCUCCGAGCCGUCACGUACUAUGGUAACUCGAGAGGUAAUGCGCUAUCAAUAUCACUUCAAUGUGCGGAUGUUGUCGUGACUACUUAUGGGAUCCUUGCCGCGGAAUAUUCUGAUAACCCCCUGAACUCUGAGACAGACAAAUCCAAGAGAAAAAGCUCGGGAGGGCCAGUCUUUCAGUUGCAAUGGCGCCGCGUAAUUCUUGACGAAGCACACACAAUCAAGAGUCGAGUAACGAAGUGGGCUCGAGCUGCAUUCUCUCUCAAAGCAGAGAAGCGAUGGUGCGUAACGGGUACCGUAAUUCAUAACCAUGUCAAUGACGUGUUUAGCUUAUUGCAUUUUCUGCGGGUGAAGCCAUGGUCGUCUUGGGCCUUUUGGAAUCGUGGCAUCGUAUCAGGCAUAGAAUCGAAGGACGUUGCGGCCCAAAAAGUGUCAAUGUCGUUAUUGCGAGAUAUUAUUUCUUCGAUGACGUUGCGUCGCAGAAAGUCAACAAAAGAUAGCCAAGGCCGUGCAAUAAUUUGUUUACCAAAGAAGCAUGUUGAAAUCGUUAGCUUGAUACCCUCUCCAGAAGAGCGCGACUUCUAUGCAGCCUUGCAUGACCGCACCAAGACCCAGUUUGAUACAUUUGUCAGAGAAGGCAAAGUCAUGAAGAACUACGCAUCUAUUCUUGAAUUGCUGCUCAGGUUGCGCCAAGCUUGCGAUCAUCCGUACCUGGUAUUCGCUGCAGCGCCCAGUAAGGAUUCAGUCGUCAUGAAGGACAGGGACAAACUUUUCAAACAAUUUUUGCAAGCGGGGUCCUCAUCCCAAUUUGUUGAGAAGAUAUUUAACGACGCUGAGUCUGGCACACUGCAGAAGUCUAAGGAGUGUCCACUUUGCUUGGAUGUGAUUGAUGAUGCUGUUGCACCGAGAGAAUGCGGCCAUCCGGCUUGUAGAAGUUGCUUGUUAGAAUGCGUGCAGCGGACCAAGAGGUGCCCUGUCUGCAGAGCUGACAUUACCUUCGAGAGCAUUGCCACGCUGCCAAGGGCUACUAGAUUUUCAGUGGAUCUCAAAACGAGAUGGAGAUCCAGCGCUAAAAUAGACGCGUUACUGAAGGACCUUGCCGAAAUACAAACUCGCCGAAAACAGAAUGGUGCUGAGGGAGUCGGAAAGACAGUCGUUUUCUCUCAGUUUACGAGCAUGCUAGAUCUCGUCGGGAUGGCUCUCGACAGAGCGAAAAUUAAGUCUCUCCGUAUCGAUGGAUCUGUUCCUCAAGCUCAGAGAGCAACAAUUUUGGAGCGUUUUGAGAACGAGAAAGAGUUAUCAUUGUCCACUUCAAAUGUCUUGCUUGUAUCCCUUCGGGCGGGCGGCGUUGGUCUAAACCUUUGUGCUGCAUCAUGUGCCAUCCUCUUAGAUAUUCACUGGAACCCUCAAGUCGAUGCGCAAGCACAGGAUCGUGUGCAUAGGCACGGGCAAACCAGAGAUCUGUUUCGCCGGCACUCUGCUUGCCACGAACGCCUUGGUUCUUACUGA